AUGCCUCCCAAGCGCAAGAGGCCUGAGCGAGGAACAUCCGAUAGCGGUGGCGGCCGCCCCUCUCCUCACCGCCCCGAGCAGACCAUGCUUGGUCAACACGACAGAGGCCAUUACGAUGGAGGUGGCCGUGGUGGCCGCGGCGGCCGGAACAUGAGGAGAAACGACCGUCGCGACUUUUCGCAGAAUGCUCACCCUUCAACACCGACACCCGCCAACUCAACACCCGCAGCCCCUAGAUCUCCCACCCUUCCCAGGCCGCCCAGUGCCCCCUCCCAGCCGGCUCUGGCUCCUCCUGCGACGGUCGUGGCCCCGGCCGAGCCUGCUCCAUCAGAACCCGUCGGGCCUAUCAACUCUGGCUACAUCUACGAGAUUCUCACCAAUGAGUGUUUGGGAAGAUGGCAGUCUGGUGCUCGGCAAGAGAUUGAAUCGCGUGGUGUUCAAGCAAGACAAAACAACAAUGCCGCUGAACUGUCGGGUAUCGUUCAGGAAUUCAUCCAUUCGGUUGUCGACUUGCGGAUCGACCCUGUCAGCGCUGGAACGGCGGUCAAAGAGAUCAUCGGGCCCCGUCCAGAUGGCGCCGAGGAGGCCGGCUUUGCCUUCGAUCCUCACGUCCUCUUCCUGGACUGCGUCUCAAUCAUACUAGAAGUCGAGGGCGGCGUUUAUCGCACUCAGCUCCGCGAUUUCAUGGCUACGACCGAGGUUUCUACCACACUUGCUCGACAAGUCCUAGACCCAGAUCUUCUGAACCAACUGGGACUCCUGCGCAAUACCUUCCCAAAAAUGGCAAUACGACAGUCAACCAACCUACUUUACCGACAAGCAAACUACAACUUGCUACGGGAAGAGUCAGAAGGCUUCUCGAAACUGAUGACUGAGCUGUAUGCGAGCUGCGCGAAUGCAGCUCCCGACUAUUCCUUCACAUCAGCACGCACAGCGUUCGACAGGGUGAAGGCAUUGAUCGGCACCUUCGACCUCGACGUCGGGAGGACCCUCGACGUCACGCUGGACGUCUUUGCGACAACCGUCAUCAAGCACCCCAAGUUCUUUGUCAAGUUUCUCCGCAUAAGUUCAUGGUGGCCUAGAGGCUCUUCGGAAACUCCCGAUAGGGCGUUUUUGGAGGGGCUCCCGAGAUGGGCACAGCCUGAACUUGCCGAUAAGAUGACCACCGACGAUGAGAGUGAGGCAAGCAUUGCCGAGGAACGUCGGAAGCGCGAUGUGCAGUUCUGGGACCGCGUCCGUGAGACUCAUCUCGACGCCUUCUUUGAGCUUGGAGGCCGAGAAGUUGCAGAUGGUGCCACUCGACGCGUCGCGGAGAUUGCAGGUGCGAGCCCUGAUGACGACGCCGACGAUGACGAGCAGCGCUGGAUCAGGAUCACCAAGACCUUGCCUCCUCAAGGAAACCGCAUUGCGGCUCAGAUCCUGGGCUUCAAGCUUCGUUUCUACACCUCAGAAUUCAGGAAUGAGACCGAUGUCCUCCCGGCCAAUAUUCUCUACCUCGCGGCACUCCUGGUCAAGAUCGGCUUUGUAUCUCUAUGCGACCUAUAUCCGCACCUGUGGCCCCUUGACCAAGAUAUGGCCGCGCUGCGUGAGAAAAAGGAAAAGGAAUUGAAGGAGAAAGAACGCAAGAAUAGGCCAGGCGGGGCAAUGAAUGCUCUGAUGAUGGCAGAUGCGUUGCCAGACGAUAUGCCUCCCCCGGGUUCUACCACUACUCGCCGCGAUGCGCUCUCUGGAAAGCAGGACACCACGGCCAAAGAAGCUGGUGAGGCCGCCUCUCAGAAGCCGAAGCUGCCAGAACCGCUUGACCAGAAAGUCCAGCUUCUCGAGCACCUUCUCACGAUAGGUGCUCUGCCCGAGUCACUGUAUAUCCUUGGACGAUUUCCCUGGAUCGUCGACACCUUCCCCGAUACUGUCCUUCCUCUUAUUCACAGAAUCAUCAAGCAUUCCCUGACCAAGGUGGCUGAGGAGAGCCAACCCGCCGCUACAGUCACGCCUGGCUGCCCUCCUAAGAAGAUGGCCGAUGCGGACCAGAGUGGUGUGCCGAAGGGCAGCGUGAGACAGUCGGAACUAGUGGUGAAGCGGCCUUUGCGCUGGCCAUUUCCCGAUAGACACGACGUCGGCGAUGGGCAGACGUAUCGCUUUUAUUUCGACGAGUGGGUCGAUACGGUUCCGGUUUGCCAAACCGUCGACGAUGUCUUCUCCCUUUGCAACUCUUUCAUCAAUGUAUCGGGCGUCAACAUUGGGCGAGAUCCGGAACUCUUGGCCAAGAUUGCGGACAUUGGUCUAAAGAGCCUCAAGGAUGAUCGGUCAGAGGGCAAUCUUUCCCGCUGGCAUGAUCUGUUGAAACGUCUCCUUGUGCCCGCUCUGAGUCUCUCGCCUCCGAGCCCCUCCAUCAACGAUGCAAUCUGGAACUUGCUACAAUUCUAUCCGACCGCGGUUCGAUAUGCUAUCUACGCCGAAUGGUACGAAGGCGCAACCUCGCGGCUGCCCGCUGUAUCGGCCGCCUUCGCUCGCUCUCGGUUGGAAACGCUCAGCACCAUGAAGCGAUUGUCGCUCACAAACAUCAAGACAAUGGCAAGGACUCUCGCUAAGACCACCUAUUCCUCGCCUGGCAUAGUCUUCAAGGUGGCGCUCGACCAGAUCGAGGCGUACAGCAACUUGAUUCAGGUGUUCGUCGAAUGCGGCAAAUACUUCACUCACCUCGGCCAUGAUGUUCUUGUGUGGUCUCUAAUGAGCGCACUCGGCGGGAAGCAGAGAAGCAGAACUCAGGAGACCUCCGUCCUCCUCACUAGCAAGUGGCUUCAGGCCCUGUCUAAAUUCUCGGGCAAUGUGUUCAAGCGCUACUCCAUCAUGGACCCAACACCCGUCAUACAAUACGUCAAUGACCAGUUACUGAAGGGCAAUUCCACUGAUCUGGUCAUCCUCAAGGAAUUGAUCCUCACCAUGGGCGGUUUGGUGUCGGACAUGGACUUUACCGAUGCCCAGCUUCGCGCUAUGUCUGGUGGCAAGAUUCUGCGAAGACAGACCUUGAUCAGCCUCCAAGACAAGCGCUUCGAGUCGACAAAGAGCGCAAAACGAUUGAUGCAGGCUUUGGUCGACACUAGGCUUGCCGGACGACUGCUUAUCAACAUUGCUCAAUAUCGCCAAGCUGCUAUCUACAAGGCAUCUGAAUCAGAAUCACACAUCAAGUACUUGUCCACCGUGGUCGACGACUCGCAUCAAGUUUUCGUACAAUAUUUGGACCUCUUACGAAGCAAUCUGGAAUUCGACCAAUUUGACGACCUCGUGCCAGACAUUGGCCGAUUGAUGGGAGAGUUUGGCCUGGACGUCACGUUGGCCUUCAUGAUUCGCCGGGCCGGGCUUGCUCAUCGUCUGCUCGAGUCGCCGGCAUCAGUUUCGUCCGUCUCGGAGCAGGACAAGUCUCAGUCAAACCAACCCUCGGCGGAUAAGGAUGGGGAUGUCACCAUGAAUGGCGGCGAUGCCGUCGAUGGGGUUGAGAACCCUGAGCUGUCUAUGGACAAAACGGGUGUCGAUGAGCAGGGACCGGAGGCCAUGGCUAUCGAUUCACCUGCCCCGACUACAAAUGCUGCUGACAAGAAAAAGAGCGACGUUUUCUUCGACGUUCUCCGGCCUGCUAUAGAUUCUGUUCAGGCUGUCAUUCCGGAAAAGGUGUGGAAGUUCAUGAGCGCCGAAUUCUAUGUCAUCUUUUGGUCCUUGCAGCUCGGCGAUCUGGCUGUACCUCGUCCCAGCUAUGAGGCCGCACACGCCUUGGUCAAGAAACAAGCCGAGGACGUCAUGAAGGACCGAAGCGACAUGUCGAGGAACGGAAUGGAUCUCAAAUAUGCAAAACGGGACGAGCUGAUGGAGCUUGCGAAAAAUAUCCUGCAAGAGGCGGUUCACCACGCUGAGCGAAACCAGAAGCUGAAAAUACGACUUCUGCGUCAGUCGAGCACGUGGUUUCCAGGCACUCCUUCCGAUGCCGAUGCCAUUUCUGACAGUCUUGUCGAGCAAUGCGUCUUCCCCAGAUUGCUGCUCUCUGCAAGUGACACGGAAUAUGCAUUCCGGCUUCUCAAAUUCCUUCAUGAGAACAAGACGCCCAACUUCAAGCUGAUGUCGUUCUACGAACGCCUGUUCCAGUCAAAUCGACUCCGCGAUCUCAUCUUCUCCUGUACGGUUCGCGAGGCCGAACAUCUCGGUCGAUUUUUCCGAUGCAUCCUUGGCGAUCUCUCAAGGUGGCACUCGGACAAGACCCUCUACGAAAAGGAAGCUCUCGGCCAUAGCCCCAAGGAUGGCCGUAGGACAUAUCUCGGCUUCGCGGAAUCUUUCGAUGAUGACGGAAAGCCUUUGACUUUUGUCCAGCACCCUCAAUUCCGGGACUUGCUGUACGGCUGGCAUAAGAACCUCAACAUUGCACUGAAAGACUGCCUGGAAAAUACCGAGUGGAUGCACAUCAGAAACGCAAUCACGGUGCUCAAAUUUGUCCUUGAAUUCUUCCCCGCUGUUGAUUUCAUGGGACGCCAGUUCGCGGAGCAGCUCAAGAAGAUCACAGAGCGUGAAGCCGCGUCCAAAACAGCCAACGAAUCGGAGGCUGCUCACCGUGUCGAUCUGUCGGUCGCAGCCCAGACUGCAUUCUCCGAACUGCAGAGACGUAAAUCGAAAUGGGUCAUGGUACAGGCAUUCAGACCGAACGCGUCUGGAAAGGCUCAAGAGGAGCCGAAGGCUGGUGAAUCAACCAGUCUACGCCCAACUGCACCCGAAUUCAAGCCGAAAGGAGCAGCCACCGCGGCGGCAGGGCAGUCAGCCAACGAGGCCGAGGAUGGAGAAGUCAAGGACGGAAAGGCUGGGCCAACUGAUGCCAGCACGGCAGGUGCCUCGUCUCGGGCAGGUGUGCCUAACAAACCGGCACCAGCCGAGAAGGACCCGAAGAGACUGGACGCGGCGACGCCUGCGACGUCCAGCAGACCGUCUACCCCCAAGCCUUCUCCCGCCACGACGAAUCAUGUUCCAGGACGCCCAGAAACCUCCAGGACGUCAGGCUUGACAUCUUUGCCCCACCCGAGCAGCCUACCAAAUCGUCCAGAUGUGCCGGCACCCGGUAGAGGGUUUGGGUCUGACCGCUUCGGUCCUGGAAGGAAUCAGGAUCGCCGCGAGACUGCACCAAGAGACGUCCCGGAGCCAAGAGAACGAAACCACAGGGACUCGCGGGAUCCGAGGGAGCCUAAUCAUCCCCGAGAUCUCCGAGAUGGGCGAGAUUUCCGGACCCCCGAGGCUGUCCGUUCAAGAGAUUCUUCUGGACCUGAUCGCCGCACGACGGAAAGUGCUUCUAGGGAUCCACCUCGUCACUCGGAACGGGACCGAUCAUCAAGGAACGACUCUACGCCACGGCGCCAGGAUCCACAACCUCCUGAGCGCGACUCGCGCACGUCUCGCGACAGACAGUCUGGAGCUGGCAGAGGGCAAGACCGGACCCCAGCCCGGGAUGUGCCCACAGCCACACCUUCCACUGGUCCGGCAUCUCAACAGGCCCCUCAAGACCCAUCCGUGAACCCAGAGCGCGCAAGGCUGAUUGCUACGAACGAUCGGCCCGACUUCCUAAAUCCCGCACGAGCUGCACUGUUCAAUGACUCUCGCUCGGCGCCAACUCGUGGGCCGCGUGAGGAAUCGAAGGAUCGUGCUUCGUCAAGAGGACAGUCUCCAAAGGCCUCAGACGGACGCAGCACAGAGACCCCUAUCUCGGAUAGAGUUCGUGAUGGGCGUCAGAGUCGUCCCGCCCAGAACGACCCGCAAGGAGCCAAUCGAGAUGGCCAAAAUGAGGGCGGCAAUGCUACCCCCAAAGACAGGUCGGCCGAGAACAGCAAUGAUCGAGCCAACACAGACCGAGGUUUCCGAGGUCAAGGUCCUCGUCAGCAAGAGAGCGAUCAUGGAAGACUCAGUCACCAGGAUCCCAACUACGGUCGCCUGAAUCCAAUACAGUCUGUUGCGGACAAUAUCCCGUCAGGGCCCAGGGGUCGAGGCCGCGACUCCAACAGGAUGAGCUCAAUGAAUGCCCCACCCCGACCGGAUGCACGAUUCUCGAAUCCGGAGACACCUAGGGCUCCGUCGCCGGAUCGCCAGCCUCCAUCUGGACCCUCCUCGUCGAGGGGGCGACGCGGUCGUGGCGGUCAAUAUGAGUCGAAUCCCAAUCCGCAGUCUCCAGCAGCGGGCACAGCAUCGCCAUCAGCUGGUCUCCAUCCAGACCGUGCAAGGCAUCUGAACAAUGUGCCGGCCCCACCCCAUGGCUCUGGAAACUUUGCCCCUCCUCCUCCAAACAGCUCCGUCGGCGUUCAUCCCGAUCGACUCAACCAGAUCGCACCGCCACCGCCACCACCGCCGCCACCACCUCAUCCUUCUCGGAACAGCCUGCCUCAGCACUCUUCGCCUAUGACAAGCGGGCCGCCAGGCCCUCGGGGCCAGCCCGGGAACCUCCCCGCUACUCCCGGUGGAGAUCAUCGUGGCAAUCACUCUACACCAACCGGCCCAUCUCCGUCUAAUGAGCGGACUAGGAACCGAGGCGAGAGGAUGAUUAGAGGCAUUCAAGACACCAUUAGCGGGGGAGGCGGCAGGAGAGGGGCCGGACACCGUGGCCAGAUCGCAGGCUCUGAUGCACAGGUGCUUACCGGCGGUUCUCCUGUGACAACUCCGGUCUUUGAGCGAAGCGAUCCCAUGCGUCGGGACCCGGGACCUGACCGGCCUCCAGCGGGGCCUAACGGUGAAGAUCAUGAACGGGGUGGGCGCCGAGAUCAUCGGUCCGACCGCUCAGGACGGCCCUCGCGUCGAAGCAGCAGGGAGCGAAGCCCGGAUCGAGAUCGCGAGGCGAAGCCUCAUAGGGAACAUCGAGAUCGCCGGUCGGAUGUCUCUGCUGCUCCAGCGGGGCCUGGCGCAACCACCACGAGCAACAGCACAGCGGAUAGGAGACCGGGCCGUGAAUCAAGUGGCGCGAAUAGGGACGCACCUCCUAUCGCCAACAGAGAUCCGAACCGCGAGCCCUUGGGAGGAGGCCGAGAGUCGAGGCAGAGAGGUGAAGGCCGAGGAGAUGGAGGUCCGGGCAGACCAGCGGAGGAGUGGAGCGGUAAUGGAAGAGGAACCCGUGGCGGAGGCGGGCCGAGAGGAGGCGACGAACAACGCCGGGACGGCCGUGAAGAUCGAGGUCGGAAGCGUAGGAGCGAGGACGGUGCCGGCUUGAUGGGUAACGACCGCGAGAAGCGACAACGACGUUAG